CUGCUGAUGAGUAAAGCCAUGAAAUAGAUCCAGCUGGAGAUGUGCAAUGUGCGGCGGAGACUGAGGCCUCCUGGGAAAUCAUCCACACCUCUACCACCAGCACCGUGUCCACUUGUGUAGCACCCCGGAGAGCGAUCAACUCUGGGAAACGGCAAUUAGCUGGAUUUGAAGAGCCAUUUCUGGAGCCUCGAACAAAAGCAAUGAUGGAUCAGACAGAAGGAGUGGAGCUUGGUUCAGAAAGUACGACGGACUGCGGCGCAUUUAGCUCCACGUGUUUUCACUGAAGUUCAGCAGUGAGGUUCUUUAAAGAUUCAUUUUACUUGUCCAGACUGCGAGCUGAGCGUUUGCAUGUGAUUGUACAAAGACAGUUGUUCUCUUCAUGUUCCAGAAGCAACUGGGGUUUUGUUUGAUUCAACUAAAACUGUGUUCUCAUCUUUAUUGCUUUUUGAACUAAACUAAUUUGUGUCUUUAGUGAUGAACAAAACACAAUUUUACUAAUCUCAAAUAUAUAAAAGAAAAAUCAGUAUCAUAAAAUAAAAUAAUAUAAUUAAAGACUUUGCUAUGAACUGAUCCAUAAAAUAACACCAGUCUAUUUCCUCCCCAAAACUUGGUAGUUAAAAAUAGUCUAAAUACUCAUAAAACUGCAGCAAAUCUAUUCCAAUUGAAUGAAAGCAUUCAUAGCGUGUGUACAGUUCUCCAGCACUGUAGAGGCCUCAUUAACAUAGCUGCUGGCGUGGCAUUGAUCUCUUCAUUCACCAUAAUGAAAUGUCUCUAAUAGCUUCUUAUAAUAUGCCCAGAGAGUGGGUUUUCACCUGGGCCAUUUCAUCUAAUCAGGGGUCUGAAACAGAUGGACUGAUUGUACUUUCCAUCUUAUAUUUGACUUAUAUUUAUUUCUGAAAAAGAAGCCUGGAGUAAUUUAUAGCACAAAUAACGUCAUUUUCUUUUUAGGAUACUUACGCUUAUUCCUCUCAAUUGAGAAUUUCACUUUAACCCUUGAUUCUGUUUCCCUGCGACGAGACGCCGCGCGACGUCGUGCUCGAAGCAUCCUGACGCGCGGAGACAACGGGGAGCCUCGCCUCCUGAUCGUAUCUCAGAUCACCGCAGCACCUUUUCUGUGGGCGUCUGACCGUCAGUGACAGCUCGACGCACGGGUCCCAAACAGUCCCUCAGGAACCACCUCUUUAUGUAUUUAUUCAUCGCCACAUGUCCCAUUGAUGGCACCGCGCGCGUCCGCUGAUCUCCAUAACACUCGCCUGCGUAAUUGUCCACAUGUCCAAACGUGUGCCGCAAAUUAUCCCCGAACGAUUGGAACUCGACAAUAAUUGGAAAAAAUAGCUGAUUAGAGACGAGUGGGUUUGCGAAGGCGCAGAAAGCAGAGCGUCUCCCACUUCAUUUCACAAUCCAGUAGGUUUGAAUCUUAGCUUUAUGUUCUGUUAAACGGGGAAAAGCGAGGCGCUUACCCGAUUUCCCCAGACACGUUUGCUGUCACUCUCACAGCUGAGAUUUAUCUAUUAACCGUGUAACUGUCUUGAUAGUGUGACAUCGGUUUUGUAUUUGAUAUCAGUCCGCAGAAAAAACCCCAGGAGGUAAAUAAAUCUGCUUUGUGUUGUGCGCUGCCACUGUUUGCCUCGUAUUUAAUUGCCACACUGGUAUGCCCUAAAUACCCCGAACUGGAACACCGUCGUGUGACCCGUUCAAAGAAUAAAUAAAGCCUAAUAAUCUAUCAACAGAUGCGCAGACUGCCGCUAAAGACAAAACGUUCAGUGCGCAAACCUAAUUAGAAUAUGCAAAUCACAGGCUGACUUGUAGAGCAUGUUGAGUAUCCAGCUCCAGAGCAUAAAACAUUAAAAAUAUGAAUUGAUUGUCCGCUGUGAAUUCCAUCUUGUUCUUGUGUUACAUUAUUUUCUGUUAUUUUGUGAAUACAUUUGGAGCGGAACACACACUUGUUAGUGAACCAAAAAUACAGUAUCCCCUUAAUUUGAAAAGGUUUAAUCGGCCACUAGUUUCAGUGCUCUUGCUUAAAAAAUAAACCUUAAAACUGUAUUAUUUGACACGUUCGUAAAAUUCUCUAGUUUUAACAGAUUUGUUAUUUAACGCUUGACAGUGAAGACAAUAUUUUGUAGUUAUUACUCUGUCAGAAAUUGCGUAAUCCACACUAAUGCGGUGUGUUGGCGCUGGUGGAAACUUGAGUCCUCUCCCUUCGUGUGAUUGGCUGACGCCUGUUGCCUGCUGAAUAAAAAGCCAGGCAGAGGGAUGAAGACAAGCAUCACUCCGCUCGCUGCAUCACCGGGGACCGUGCGGCUUCUGGAGCAAGUGUGAAACGCCAAGUGGAGUCGUAUCAGCAUGACGGGAAAGGAGGGAGUCGUCCUUUCGGACUCCGAGAAUAAGCAGAAAUCCGCUUCACAAAAUAGCCUGAACCACGGGGGGCCCCAGCAGCCGCCCCCAGUCUGGAAGAUGGCCCCCAUGGUGCACCGGCGCACGGGCUUUGGCAUCCAGGAGCUGCUCGGGCUCAACAAAGAUCCGCCGCCCGCCCCGAGGCGGCCGCUGGAGGCUCUGCCGCACAGGGCUCACCUCCUGCCCUCCAGAGCGGCCCUCGGACACGCAGGUCUCGGCGUGGGCGUGGGUCUGCUGGGCCCAGAAGGAAUACACUCGUUUUAUAGCCAGCCGGCGUUCCUGGAGGUGCUGUCAGAGGCGCAAAAUGUGCACCUGCAGCCGCUGCACAGAGCGGCGCACAUGGAGGCGCAGAUGGAGACCCAGCACUCCGCCAGCUCCGAUUCGGAUGAUGUGAGUCUUUCCUCUGGCGAUCACAAAUUCUCAAAAUCAUCGAUGAAUCAGAACAAGAAAAGAAAGAAAAGACGUCACAGAACCAUUUUCACUUCGUAUCAGCUGGAGGAGCUGGAGAAAGCGUUUAAUGAAGCUCACUACCCAGAUGUGUAUGCCCGAGAAAUGCUCUCCAUGAAGACUGAGCUACCAGAGGACAGAAUACAGGUGUGGUUUCAGAACCGCAGGGCCAAGUGGAGGAAGAGGGAGAAGUGUUGGGGCCGCAGCAGUGUGAUGGCAGAAUAUGGCCUUUAUGGAGCCAUGGUCCGUCACUCCAUCCCUCUACCGGAGUCCAUCCUCAAGUCAGCCAAGGACGGCAUCACUGACUCUUAUGCCCCGUGGCUGCUUGGUAUGCACAAGAAGUCAGUGGACCCCCCCCACACUUCUCCAGGAAAACCCAGCAGCACCCCACCAACACCAACACCAGCACCAGCACAGGAGAUACCAGCAGACAAAGUGAUGGAGGAUAAGAAGGAGGAGAGAAGGAAGGACACAGAGUCCCUGAUCUCUAAGGAGGAGCUGAGGGAGAACAGCAUUGCUAAACUGCGAGCAAAGGCACAGGAGCACAGGGCGAGGAUGCUGGAGACCGCUUCAGACAAACCAAACAGUCACAAAGAGGAAGCGGAGGACGAGGUGACGAAGCAGGAAACGUCUGGAGGAGGCGACGCGUAGCUGGGAGAGGCCGCGGGACCCAGACGGACUGCAAAAAACACCGAAUGAAGCGCAGUGGUGGAAACGUUGCGCACUCAAGCUUACCUGUCGUCCUCAGCUCCGUUUAACUCGUGAGACUAAACCUACAAAUAAGAAACGUUUCUUGAACAUUGUAUGAAAACGUACUUACAUGAAGCCGCAACACGUAUUUAUUUGCUCUGAAUGGGAUCCACCUUACAGCUCUGUGACACAGCAGCUUGCAUUUAACCCUCCUCAGUGAGCAUGUCGAUGCAGACACUACUGGCUACGGAUGAGUUCAUUAGGAACCGACUGUGUGUACAAUCCUUUCUUUCAGGUGUCCUAAUAAUUGUGAUGUAAAUAUUUGAAAUAACGUCCUUUAGUUGAUACUGUAUAAACAUGUAAAGUUGACAAUGAUCUGUGUUUGUCUUUGUAUUAAUGUAACUGUAGUCUAAUUAAAAGUUGAUAUUUAAAGCUU